GCAGCAUCAAAAGGCUAUCUGGAAGUGAUAAAAGUUUUAAUUGAUAAUGGAGUAGAUAUAAACAGCCUAGACAAUGAUCACCGUACUCCCUUACAUUGGGUGGCAACGUACGGUCAUGUAAAAUUGGCUGAGUUUAUAUUGUCGCGAGGUGCUGCAGUCAACAUGUAUCAAAUGGAUGGAUUCUCUCCCCUUCAUGCUGCAACAUGUCUUGGACACACUGAUAUGUGUCGUCUGCUAAUUAAGAGUGGAGUUGAUGUGAAUCAUGUUGAUUUAGAUAGAUGGUCAGCAUUACACACUGCCGUCUGCUAUGGACAUGAAGAUGUGGUGAUGACAUUAUUAGAAGCUGGUGCAGACGUACAUCAACGUACUAGUGAUUCAGAAACAGCUUUUCAUUUGGCA